AUGAUUGACGUCAACACAUCUCUGCAGACAUUAUCAACAGUGGCACAAUCUGGCUGGAAGGCAAAUUUGGAAGAGGGGAGAACAAAGUCGAGCGCACUCAGUAAGGUGUCAGCUGCUGUCUGUUCUGCAAAUGAAGCUUUGUCAUGCCUUCGUGUUCUAUGUCCGGAUAACCUUGACGUAGAGCGUGCCGCAUCCAGUAUGAUGAGCAAGCUGCUUGCGCUGGAGAUGCAUGAUGCUACCCUUUCUUUCCUUAGUGAUAUGCAUACCCGUCUACUUGCUUUGCUUGGGGUACCUGACCCCGAAGUAUCAGCCCACUCUGCCUCUACUUCAAAGUUGCCAGUUCGCCUGCUUUCCCUUCCGCUGCCAACGAUAACGCCACCAACAGACGUUGUGCUUCUCACCCUCAUCUCAACGUAUCUAAUGCACGCAAUAAUUUCCUUUACACAUUUUGCGACGUCCUCCUCGUCAUCAACUACUACUCCGGAUUUGUUCUCCAGAGCUCUGGUAGAAUCCGGUACGCUCUUGACGUGGGUACCUCAUUGUGUGUCUUUGCCUCGAAAGCACAUAGACACCACGCUCAAACGGGCAUACACUGUGCUGACAAAGUUAUGCUCCUCAAUGUCUGUGAACUCGCGCUCGACCUUCCUCAUUCGCAUGUAUGCAUUCAAGUGCCUUCUAUGCACAAGCCCUGGGACCGUUCAGCCAAACACAUUCUGGGAUCAAAUUCAGAAGUUGUGCACGGUGUAUUUCAAAUCUUCUUUUCCCAUGUCAGAGGCUGAGGAACUCUCCGUUGCAACGCUCGUGUCAGAGUCCCUUUGCGAGGUCGUACAGAUCGCACAGUCCAAAUCAUCGUUUGUGGAGGGAAAGUCGUUUAUCCUGCUCUGUGAGACAUGGACAAGUUUCGCAAAGCGCAGUAACGAUUUGCGCACCCUCGAUCGCAUAACAGACCUGAUGGGUCCGGCAUCUUCAUCUUGCUCAUCAGCCGAGGUCGAUGGCCUAGUCAACAAUCUUAGUAAACUCGACAUUUCCGCUCCUUCGCCCAAGGACAAGGACACUGCUGUUCUCGAGUGCGCAAGAGUUUUGGCAGUGUUAACUAAAGUUCUUCCUGGUUUGGAGGGCCUUUUAUGCCUUUCGACUGAACCGAAUGAUGAGCUGUACCGUGCGCAGGGAAAGCUCCAACGUACCCUAGAGAGACUCAGAAGAGCUUGCAUCAAGGUUCUAGACGGCGAGGCGAAGGCCCAAAGUCAUGUAAUAAUUUCCCUACUAAUGGCAAUCUCUACUGCAUUGGAAGGCGCCUUCAAGCAGAACCCAAGUAAGGACAUCUUGAGCGCAUCCUUCGAUUCACUAUUUACCCUCGCACGCAUACGGCUCAAGUGCAAUGAUCCUGACACUUAUGCACCCACUCUCGAUCUCCUCAACCGUACCAUAAUCCUUUUAGACUCCACCCCCGACCAUAUGAAUGCCAUCCCGGCUUCCGCGCGUGCCAACUAUGUCCGCUGCAUCUCUGGGGCGUAUCAUAAUCUAGCUGGCACGCUGUAUCAAAGCUCGAGGUACGGGGGCGCGGUGCGUUUUCUGAGGGAAGGAUGUUCACUUGGGGCACGGGCACUUCACAUGCGACCUGGUAAUAUGCAGAACGACACGGAAGAUGGCGAACGGGAUGAAGGGUGGAAACAACUCGAAGAACAGAUGUUUCGGAGGUGGGAGCUUCUUGCAGUGUGCUAUUCUAAGAUAGGGGACCGGAAGCUUGCGUGUGACGCGUUUGUGGAGAGCGUAAAAACCUUUCCGUAUGGCUCAUCCAGUCUGGAACACCUGGCUAGGUCGGCAACAUCAACAAAUGCUUUCAGCGCGAAUGCAACCACAAAGCAGCUUGGUGGGAUAAUUGACAGACUAACGUACGCAGCGACAUGUGAACUUUUUCUCCCUGCAAAUGAAGUCUCCCUUCAUACCGCACUGAAGCCGGGUGUCAUCAGUGACGAGGUUCUAGGCCUGCUGCUCGAGCGUCAGGUUUCGACUCUCGAACCUUGCCUUCGGAAGGAUGGUGUGCACACUAUUGUGCACAGGCUGUUACAAGAUGCUCUAUCGGUGUACAAGGCUACCGUUCUUCCGUUGCGGAGGGCUAGAGUCCUCUUAAAAUGCAUGGAGUUGUUGUGGAAGGAUGGAAAUGCCAACGGUGGAGAGACUUGUUGGACCUCGAAGCACCUAGGUGAAGAAGUUUUAAGCCUGCUCACUGUUGAGGAUCUUGGGCAUGACUCAGCCCUUGUAGCAUUUCGCUCACAGUACACCGUAGCGGUUCAUCUUUGGUUGAGCCUCUUCGCGUAUCGUAGCGCAGGGUCACCAGUGACUUCAACAGUGUCAUACCAUGUGGAGGAGGCGUGUAACAUCCUGCGCAGUCACAUUCCUAAUUCUUCGACUGAAACGGAUCCAAAGACGACGCGACCACCUGCCCAUGGGAAGAAGGAAACUGCGCCUGCGAAGAAGCCGACAAGAGCUGCGAGCGUACGCACGACAAGCAAGGCUAGAGCGCAGAAACUUGUCACACCACGUCCGCGUAAAGCUUUCGGGAAUGUGUCGAAUGUCAUACAAAGCACUGUAAAGGAGGCUGGUGUCACGAUUGGUGUUCAGAAGGCAGUGAUUGUGUUCGACCUCGAGAUAAUCGUCGGUCAACUUCAAAUGAACAUCCAUUUACUUGAACUUCUGGGUCUGGUCUUGUUGAAGAUCAAGCUUCUGGAGGCUCUUAAGCGUAUCUGCGAGCGUCAACUCGUCGUAUUCACUGAUUUAUACAUCAUUAUAUGCGUCGAUCUCGCGUCAGAGUAUGUUAAAUUGGGUAAAACGAAGCGUGCCAAUUCCAUUUUUGCACGGAGUUCAGCAGUGCUGAAAUCGAGUGAUGUCUCCGAUGAAGUACGUAUCAGUUAUUUGCUUAGAUAUGCAGAAAUUUUGGCUCUUGGAAACAACAUUCUUGGAAGUGCUUCCUUCUACUGUGAAGCCAUGGGUUUAUCGGAAGCUUCUCCGCCCGAAGACAAAGCUCUACCGACUGUCGAACGGAUAAGGCUACGUGUUGGACUGCUCGAGCGUGCGGCGAUGGCUUGCAGAGUCUUCGCAGCUAUCCAAUACUCCAGGAACAGUGCGAGUGGUGCUUUAGAGUACACAUUGCAAUCAUUGCGACUAUGGAAUCGUGCCAUGGACACGCUUUCUCGAUUAAGCCAGCCUUCCUCCAGACCCACCAAGGCAACCGAUGAUUCAAAUCCAUUUGAGGCUACCCCUCCAGAAUCGUCAUCCACCAGCAAUACUCGGUCCAAUGAUCACCCGAGAUUGUUUGGUCAGAAAUGUCUCAUGGAUGGGAUGGAGUGGCGAAUAGUUGAAGGACUACUUUCAACUAUGUUGACGCUCACUCACGCCUACUUCACUCGUGGUUCUUCCCGCGAAGCUGAGUACUUCGCUAAGCAAACACAGGACCUUGCCGAGUCCAUCAACGCCCCGACUAUGGUUGCUCGUGCACUGAUGCGCACGGGUGAGAUUCAGUUGUACCAGAGGCAGUUAGAUGCAGGAAGGGACAGCUUGGCCAAGGCUGCGGAGUUACUACGAGAUCUGCCAGGUGUUGAUGCAGCUGAUAUGAGGCGGCUGAAUGGAGACUGGAAUCGCUUGAAUGAGCAAGCCCAGGAUGCCGUGGACCUCUAUGAGGAGGCAUCUGCGAUGCUUGGCGAACUGGAGGGAAUGUUGGCAUCUUUCGACGGCAGUCGCCGUAAAUCCAGCGUAACGCUUUCACCACAAGUUACCUUAGCUACCGCCGGACAAGGAGCAAUAGUCCCUACCUUGUUGUCUGACAUUCUCCGCCGCCAUAUCUGGUUACUGCGCGAUGAUGGAGAUGCUACGAUCAAGGAUCUGAUAGAGCGUCUUAUGGCUUUGCCCGCUUCGCAAGACACAAAAGGAGAAGAGCAUGCACUCAUGGGGAAACUUACCCUGCAUAGUGUAUACGACCAAUUCCGUUCAGAUAUGUUCCUGAACUCUUUGGCUGAAUCUACGAUCGCACUACCGAUGGGCAUGACAAGCAACCGAGCAUUAUUGCUUACACCUUCGACCCAAGAUAUCCUGAGUACUCUGGACCAAGCAGAGAAACUUUUUUGGGCCGACCUUGCACUUACUGCAGAUCGGGGGAACGUCCCUCACGUCCGCGAAGCGACUGUAAACCUUGCACUCAUUAAAGCACUUCAGACAUCCCUUGGAAAAGGGGGAAAUGAUGGACCCAUUAUUGCUGGACGUCUUCUUGAUGCGUCAUCCGCAAUCACUUUACGCCGUGAAAUGUUAGAGGCUAUUCAGUAUAAAUUCCCCAGCGUACACUUUAACGAUCUUGAAUGGCCCCUUAUGACGCCCAGCGGUUCCCCGCUGUCUCGGAAGAGAGCAUCUAAGUUUCGGCGGCUGAGGACCUCUAGCACUGAGGAAGCAUCUGACGAUGAUGACGACUCGAAUGCAAUCAUGAAGGCGUACUGGGAUUCUAUCCGCGAGACAUAUGCAGAACACUCUUCAAACACUUCCUUGCUAUCAAAUACAUCCAUGUCACAGUUUCCACUUCAUUGGACAGUCGUCCAUAUCAGCCUCACACCCGACAAGAGUACCCUCUUUAUCUCUCGGCAGAAUGUUUCUUCUGAGUCGUUGAUGUUCUGUGUGCCUCUCAAAGGCCGACGCGAAUCGGACGAGAACGAACACCUUACAUUUGACGAUGCGGUGAAGGAGCUCGCUGAGAUUAUACACUUAAGCAACCAAGGAACACGCAAUGCAGUCAACGUACGCAACGAUGAUCCGCAAGCAAGAGCUGCUUGGUGGGCGGAGCGGAAUACCCUUGAUAAAAGGAUGCAAGAGCUGCUAGAAAACAUCGAAUUUUGCUGGUUAGGUGCAUUCAAAACCAUUCUCAGUCCUAUCCUGCCUAUAUCAACCGAGCUGACCACCGACCUCCGCGCCCGUUUUGAGAAGGUGUUUAGGCGCAUUCUUCCUCCCCCAGAUAAGAAACAGAAACAGCAUCCUCGUUUGUCUGAUGUGCUCCUUGAUUGCUUCUCAUCCCUGAGUCUCAAAUGUCGGGAAGAAGAGCUUGAAGACUUAUUAUUCUUCAUCCUUGACCUGUACACAUUACACGGCAUCCCAGUCGCCAUCGCAGAUAUAGACGUAGAUCAGGUAACGGUGGACCUUCGCUGUGCAUUGGAGGAGCAUGCCGCCUUCAAGAACAAGCGAGGAAGGGUGAACUCAACUCCGGUAGAUGACCCCCACUUGUUCCUCGUCCUGGACCACAAUGUACAGGGCAUUCCUUGGGAAUCGAUUCCGGUCUUGAGGGGCCAGAGCGUGAGCCGCAUCCCGAGCGUUUCGUUCUUGCUUGAUCGGGUUAGACUUGCGUCUGCUGAGAACCGAACAGGGGGUGCUAUCGAUCGAAUAUCCCUGGAUCCACGCAAGACGUUCUUCGUCCUCAACCCUAGCGGAGACCUGAAAGGGACUGAGGGGCGAUUCAAACCAUGGCUUGAGCAGAUGCGAAGUGUAGGUUGGGAGGGUGUCAUUGGACGGCCGCCAAGCGAACAGCAGUUCUUAGAUGCCCUUGCACGGAAAGAUCUAGUAGUGUAUUUUGGACACGGUGGAGGAGAACAAUACGUGCGGUCACACAAAAUCCGUCACUUGCCGCGCUGUGCAGCGACGAUGCUGUGGGGGUGCUCCAGCGGGCUAUUGAAGGAGAUGGGCGAUUUUGACAGAGUAGGCACCCCGUUCAAUUACAUGCUUGCUGGAUGCCCUUUACUAGUGGCGAAUCUUUGGGAUGUAACUGACCGCGAUAUCGACAAGUUCUCGCAAGCAGUCUUCGACUUGCUGAGAUUGACUCCGACUCGUGGAGGGGAGCAGGGUAUGUCAGCAGUUACCGCAAUUGCACAGGCCCGAGAGGCAUGCAAACUCAAGUAUCUCACUGGGGCAGCACCAGUUGUCUAUGGGAUUCCGUUCUACCUAUAA